AUGAGUUUCCCAGGUGCAGGGCCUCCACCUGAGGGCGUGGUGCCGAAUCUGGAGCACCCCCAGGAUGUGCUCAAGUCGUGCAAUUACGUCACUCAGGCAUUGACCCUCGUGUUUGUGUCUGCAUUUGUUGCAACUCGAUUCUACGCCAAGUCCAAGGUGAUGGGGGGAGGCAUAACUCGUGAUGACUCUGGGACAUACGGCGGUGGGCUCAAUCAAUGGGAAGUACGAAAAGAGCAUGCACAGAUAUUCUUUCGGUCCGGAUACGCCGCCACCAUUUUUUACGCCCCCAUGGCCUUGACAGUCAAACUCGCCCUCCUCUCCAUCAUCAUCCGAGUCUUUGGAUCAGUCCACAAAAAAACAAUGAUCGGCAUCUAUGUCUUCAUCGGUAUGCUGGUAGUAUACUACGUAUCGGGUGUCUUGAUCAAGAUAUUCAUCUGCUGGCCCAUCAGCGCAUACUGGAAAGGAGAGACGGACAAAUGCCUGGACCAGAGUGCCAUCAUCACUGCUGAUGCCAUAAUUAGCACCGUCAGUGACUUGGUCAUUCUGCUAUUGCCUACUCCUCUUACUUGGUCUUUGCAUUUGUCUAAAAGAAAGAGGCUUCGAGUUAUUGGCAUUCUUUGUGCCGGAGGUGUGGCAACCGCAUUUAGUAUCUACCGUCUCGCAAUGAUCCUGCACGAGGGCAAGUCACCAAACCAGACCAUUGUCUUUACAAAAGUCAUCCUCUCUGGUAACGCGGAGGCCGGAAUUGGACUCAUUUGUGCUUGCCUCCCCUCCAUCAGCGCUCUCCUGGUUCGGCGUCAAGGGUAUCCCUACUACGGGAACCAAAGCCACUCAAAUCAUGGCGAGUUCAGUCGGGGAGAAAUCAUGAUGACCCGAUCUUUUCACGUCGAGACGGGCAAGGUUGCCAAGGAACCACAGCCCGAUGUGUACGACCUUGGUCACGAUGAGGCGGGAUUGGUCGCCGGGAGGCAGGCUAAUCCGAAGAGUAACCUAUCGAGCCGGAGGGGGUCCGAAUCUACAAGUUAA